AUUUUUUCUCAAUCAUCGGGGAGACAACUCUGAUAAAUCAUGAGGCUUUACGAUACUUGGAAAGCCAUUCUGAGGAUACAAAAGUUCAGGAGAGUCGUGUCCUACACUGGAUUUUAUUGCUUUGCUUCCUUGUUGAGCUAUGCCUACACAAGUAAUACAACUAGAGCUGGGAUCUCCAGAGCUGACCAGUUUUAUGCAUCAUUUCCUGCUGGCACAGAGCUGCUAGCUGACACUGCAAAAUUAUAUAAAGCUGCACUUGGCAAUUGUUUCGAAAUUGAAGAAUGGGGUCCCAUUGAAUUCUGCAUCAUGGCUAAACACUUUGAUCGCCAAGGGAAACCUCCUUAUGCAUACCAUUCUAAAUACAUGGCACACCUUCUUUCUCAUGGAGAGCUUGAUGGGAGUGGCUAGUCAUUGAUCAAUUAAGCAUUCACCACACAUACGCAGCCAACCAUUUAGCAACUUUUUGAAGUUCUAUGAGUACCAAUCAGGGGAGUAAAAUAUAGACCUUGCAAGGCCAUAUAGGAACUCUUUCUUGGCAACAGAAGCUGCUACAAUGGUAAGUACUUUCAGUGAUACAUAAGCUGCCACUUAACUCCAGUUGUUUUGUAUUAGAUGAGACCAAGGACAUCUUACUCAAAAAGUUUUGGUAUCUUAGCAUGCUCGUCAAUUUGUCAUUUCCAAUUGUUUUAUGUUCUACCUGCUGCUUAAUCCUAGUAUGGCAAACACUGUUUAUGGCUUCAUUUCCAGUAUUAAGAAUCUGUGGAUAUGUUGUACGUUCAAUAAAUAGCGAUUGAUUUUCAUUUUAAUGGGAGGUUGGUGUUUAA